AUGUUUAAUAUAAAUGUUUCUUGUUUAAAUGAUACAAUGGACUUACGUAAAAAAAACUAUUCUAAUGUUGAUGAAUUAAAACAAGAUAUUUAUAAGAGUUUUCCACAAUAUUACAUCAAUGCAACAAAUAGUACUAUUUAUUAUAAAAGUAAAGAACGUGUUGAUACAGUAUUAACUGAUUUAAUGGUAAUACAAACAAAUGCACCAGAAAUAUUUGGUGUCCGUGUAAAAUUGGUAUGUGAUUUUUUUUCGUCGGUUCUUUACUUCAGUAUCAAACUGUAGUCAUCUUCUUCGGGAGGGUUUUGGCUUUAUCUGAACAAAGUCCAUCCAGUCAAGGGCCGACGAAUCGCAGAGGAAUGUCACUCGUAAACGUAAAAAAGUUUUUUCGGCAUAAGCGUAUGAAUGCGCAAAACAGCCAGUAACGGGCAUGGAGGAGAAACCGAUCUCUCAACAUUUUGAAGUUUAUCCGCUCUAAAGUCACCUGUUUUCUGCAAAAGAUUCACCCUUUAAUUCUUUACAAAGUGGUAUAUAGAAGAUGAUCCUGAGACUUUAGAUCCAGUCUUAAUUAAACAGAAAUUGGAAUGUUCGAAAACUUUCCGAAAAUAAAACUAUCUCUAACGAUAAUUUUGAAUUUUGAAACCCAUGUCCGGAAUGACAGAAAAAAGAUCUCGGGCCGUUUCUUGGCACAUAUAGAUGUCCUCGAUCAGUUGGGGCAACAUUCAUUUCAUCCUCACCGUUCGACGUGGUAAAAAUGUUCAAUUAAUAAUUAGCAGCCAAAAAUGAAAAACAGGGUAGUUUCGGCGUUUGGAGUAUUUUCAGGAAAAUGACGCAAGAAUGAGCCUGACUGGUUCAUUUUUGAUUGAACGCUGUUCAUUCUACAAACAGAUGCAGAAUGCAAGUUGAAAAAACAGUCACAGAGCUUUGCAAAAAGCAUUAUUGAAAACACGAAAAUAAUGACAAAAAAUUCGCAUGAUAAUAAAUAGGUUGGAUGGCGAUAUUGACUAAUGAUAGAGUGUUGUCGUGUGUGUGUUUAUUAAUGUAUACUCCAGUUGAUUUUUGAAAUUUUUAUUAACAAAAACAGAAGAGAAAAAUCUAGUGUAGAAUAUUAAAGCUCUUUCAAAUUCCUUCGUCAGUAGCAAACAAGUGAAAUACACAAAAAAUAGUGUUAUAUAUACUUACACUUGUUAUAUAUGUUACAGUGGAAAUUAAAAUUCAGUGGAAUUUAGAAUUCCACUAGUGGAGUUUAAAAUUUCAAUUUCCACUGACAAGAAUCCAGUGGAAAUUGAAAUUUUAAGUUCAACUAGUGGAGAAUAA